CCUCAUCCUAUACCUCAGAGGAGAUGUGACAGUAGAAGGUGAGACAGAAAACAUGUUUUUGGAUUUGAUUGAGCUGGAGGAAGGAACAACUGCUGAUGCCAUAUACAAAGCUCUCAAAAAGAGUCUCCUGGAAGCUGACCUGGAUGAUGCAGACCUCAAGUCUCAUCUGAUUUGCAUAACAACAGAUGGGGCAUCUGUGAUGACUGGAAGACAGAGUGGUCUUAUCACAAGGCUGAAAAAAGACUAUCCUUUGCUGGAGAGUAUCCACUGUCUUGCUCACAGGCUUGAGUUAUCAAACAGAAGCACUUCUCUUAUGGAGGCCACACGAGAAAUAAAGAUGACAAUUGAGGUGUUGAAGGCUUUCAAGAUCACCCCAGGGAAGUCAAUGGAGAAAGCAGCGGAAGCUGUUAAAGUAGGAGAAUUCAAACAAGUGCCCUUACGUUCAAGCAAGGAAAAUGUAAAUAGAUUUCUAUUCCUCCAAGCCAUCAUCGACAGUCUCUCUUCACGAAUGCCUCUUCACGACACAAAUCUUACAAAGAUUAUAACACCACUGGAUCCCCUAAACUGGCCAAAAUCCAGGGAGUCUCUUAUUCUCUUUGGGGAGAAAGAGAUCCACGACCUGGCAAAAGAUGCUUGA